GAAGGAGGGAGGGAGGGAGAAAGAGAGAGCAAGAACAGCCUCAAAUGUUUGGAAUAAUUCCGCUUCCGUUGGGAAUAGGGACCAGCCGCUUGUGAGCGACUCCAGCGGGGACUCUCCUCCUCCUCGGCGAGGCUCCGGCGCGCUUUCCCUGGGACCCCCUGCAGCACCUCCGCCAUGGCCACCUCCCCUCAGAAGUCGCCCUCGUCCCCCAAGUCGCCCACUCCCAAGUCGCCCCCAUCCCGGAAGAAAGACGACUCCUUCUUGGGCAAGCUCGGAGGCACUUUGGCCAGGAGGAAAAAAGCGAAAGAAGUGUCUGAACUACAAGAAGAAGGAAUAAAUGCCAUUAACCUACCACUCAGCCCAAUCCCUUUUGAACUAGAUCCUGAAGAUACUAUGCUAGAGGAAAAUGAAGUCCGAACCAUGAUUGAUCCAAAUUCAAGAAGUGACCCAAAACUACAGGAGCUGAUGAAGGUGCUAAUUGACUGGAUUAACGAUGUUUUAGUAGGAGAACGAAUUAUUGUAAAAGACCUGGCUGAAGACCUGUACGAUGGACAAGUACUGCAGAAACUCUUCGAGAAGCUAGAGAGUGAGAAACUCAACGUUGCUGAAGUCACACAGUCUGAAAUAGCUCAGAAACAAAAGCUGCAGACAGUCCUUGAAAAGAUCAAUGAAACCCUUAAACUUCCUCCAAGGAGCAUCAAGUGGAACGUUGACUCUGUCCAUGCUAAAAGUCUUGUUGCAAUACUGCACCUUUUGGUUGCGUUAUCACAGUACUUUCGAGCCCCAAUCAGACUGCCAGAUCAUGUGUCUAUUCAAGUUGUUGUUGUCCAGAAACGAGAAGGAAUCCUCCAGUCCCGUCAGAUCCAAGAGGAAAUAACUGGUAACACUGAGGCAUUGUCAGGACGGCAUGAAAGGGAUGCAUUUGACACACUGUUUGACCACGCUCCAGACAAACUCAAUGUUGUGAAAAAGACUCUCAUAACGUUUGUGAAUAAACACCUGAAUAAGCUGAAUUUGGAAGUUACAGAACUGGAAACCCAGUUUGCAGAUGGAGUGUACCUGGUGCUCCUGAUGGGUCUUCUUGAAGGUUACUUUGUGCCUCUUCACAGCUUUUUUUUGACUCCGGAUAGUUUUGAACAAAAGGUACUCAAUGUGUCCUUUGCGUUUGAGCUGAUGCAAGAUGGAGGGCUUGAAAAACCAAAACCAAGGCCAGAAGACAUCGUAAACUGCGACUUAAAGUCAACUCUGAGGGUGCUGUACAAUCUGUUCACCAAAUACAGAAACUUGGAAUGAAGAAGUCCCUUGGGAUCCCACAGGUGGCUAAGUAAGGAACCAACCAACCCAACAGCCACUCCUGUUUUGCAAUCGUUCUUUUACUUUUGUACUACACUUCCUCCUCAUAUUCCAUAUUCUUGCUAUGUUUGUUUUGCACACAAAAAAUGUUUUAAAUUAGGUCUUGUCUGCAAUCCAUAAUAUUAUGAAGUGAACCUCUGCGGGAAGAUGCAUAUUCCUUUGUUUUAACUAGCUCUUGAUUUCUUGGAGAGCAAGCAAGAAAGCUUGAUCCCACAUCCAGGUUAAGAGAAACAAACUGAUUUUGAGAGAAAUGCCAGCCUCUUCCUAUGAGCUAUGCUGCCGCAAUAACCAGGAAGAUCACAUGACACAGGUCUGUGCACUACUACAUGGUGAAUGUGCUAUCUUCUUCUGCAGGAUCCUCUCUAAGCCAAAGAAUAGGUAUGCCUGCUGUCUCUGGUGCUUUGGCAGCUGCUGCUUUCUAUACAUUACUCAGCUAUGCUACACAAAGGACAUAAUCAGCCCAGAAAGAGGAUAGUCCUUCUCAAUGUGCUUAGCUCUUCAUCAAGACAAGCUGGACUAGCAGCAGAACUCUGUGUUGCUCCCAUAUAUCAAGGUAGCCAGGGACUCUCCCCUGUCCUACCACACACACAUCCCCGGGAGUCAUUUUAGAUUGUGGUGCAAACUGCUGCUUUUAAGAAGUAGGUGCUCAGUGGUUCCAUAGAAUCAAUCAGAUCGAAAUGCUUCAGUUUAAUUAAGUUGUGGAUUGAGCUGCAGGACAUUUUCUCUGUCUGUGUUUAUUGAAUAUUUAUUUCAAAGAAAGGAUCCAUUGUAUUCCUAAUGAGCUGUAUGAGCACUAUUACAAAGAUCAGGGAGCAUGUAAGAGAGAGAGAGACCAUAGGUGGCGUGAUGCAAACUGAGCUAUGAAACUGAGCUUCAUAAUUUGACUGACGGGGCUUAUAAUAUUAUAAGGGUCCAGGUAUGUGUUCCCUGUGCAUACAUUCCUCAUCAUUUUUCAUUCCUUACAAGCUCGCAGAUCAUGCAGCUUUCCCUUAACUACAGUGCAUUUAAAAUAACCUGCAACAUGUAGUAUUUUUUACAAUAUGAUACUCUUGCCUAGUUGCAAACGCUGUGGUACGAAGUAUGUAGAUAGUUUCAGUAUGGAAACUCUUUUGCAACAAAGCACAUAGAAAGUGCAUUGGGCUUCUGGGCUAGAAUCCAGGUGGUAUCAGCCCUGCCAGGAUAUUGACAUAAGCUUUGUUUACAUAAUUGAAACGAAACAUAAAAUGAUGUAAUUGGUACAAGUAAGCAGCAGCUUUGGUGACAGAAGCAAAGGUAAAGGUUGUUCAAAGAAAGAAUUAUUUUUGCAUACCUUGGCCUUUGGAGAUCUAAAACGAAUGAGAAAUGUUGAACAUUUUAUGAAAAUCAGGUUCUCUUGCAUUAUGAUUAUUACUAAACCUAAAAUUAAUUUUUUUGGAUUUUUGAAUUUUAACAGGAUAAGACAACUAUAUACUGUAUACAGAAGAAGUUGUGAUUUUUUUGGUAUGUAUUCUUUGCCAAAUCCUGUUAAAAUACAAACAUUUUAAUUUUAAGAUCAGCACCAAUAAUUUGUGCUGCAAUUUGUCCCAUGCUUACUUUGUACUCAACAUUGAGGGGAAAGUAGCUUACUUUUAUUUAUUUUUUUAUUCGUCUCUACCAAAAUGAUAAAACCUAAACGUAAAAUAACAUCCGGUACCUAUCUUACACUGUGUGGUUCUGAUUUUAAAUAUUUCUUAUGCUUAGUGAAGAGGUGGUGUCACUCCUUUAGUUAGUUCACAUUUGAUUUUUUUUUUUUUUUUGUAAUGCAAGUAAAGGGGUUAAUAUUGUAUCAGGA